AUGGUUUCUUCAUUCCCAAACCCACCUGUUUUAAAAACAACUAUAAUCCAAUUAAACAAAGAAUUGGAUUCAGAUGAUAACAAUUAUGAAAUCUUAACCAAUGAAUAUCUUAAUGGAUCAACUGACGCUGAUUCAUCUACUCCAAGAGAUGCUAAUCCUACUACUACCACCAAUAAUCAAAGUUCUUUACCUUUAAAUAACCUUGAAAUCAUAUCUUCUCCUUCAUCAAGUUUAUCUUCAGCUACAAAUCUUCCUAAUAAGAAAAAAAGAAGAAGAUCAUCUGCUAAUAUCGAUUCAGAAGAAUUAGCUAAAAGAAAACAUGAAACAAAACAAUUACAUUCUAUAAUUGAAAAGAGAAGAAGAAUUAAAAUUAAUCGUGAAUUCGAAGCUUUGAAAUAUUUAAUCCCAGCUUGUAGAAAUUCAACUGGUGGCUCAAGUGCUCCUUCAACUCCAAAUAUAACUGCUAUAAAUUCAAAAAAGACUCCUCCUCCUUCUUCAUCAAAUUCAAAUAAUAAUAAUGGUAAUAAAAUUGAUGGAAUGUAUAAAUUAACCAUUUUAAAAUCUUCAGUGGAAUAUAUCUUAUAUUUACAUCAUAUCAUUCAAAAACAAAAUGAAUUACUAUUAAAAGUUGAACAAUCAAAUAUUGAAAAUGGUACUGAACCUUAUAAAAAUUUUAAUAUUGAUUUUGCUAAGAUUCCUUUAAAUGUAAAUCAAUAUAGAAAUAUUGAUAAAGAUUUUAACUUUAAAGAUUUAUUAAAUGAUUAUGAAAAUGGUACAACUGUAUCUCCAACUGUAAAUAAUACUACCAAAAGAAAUUAUGAUUUUAGAACUCAUGUUAUAAAAGAAGAAGAAGAAGGGGAAGAUGAAGAUGAUGAUGAAGAAUUAGAAGAAUCAGAAUCUCAAAAUACAACUAAUUUACCUCAAGAUAAUAAUUCAAAAAGUCAAUUACCAUCUCCCGAUAUUACUCCAAACAUGGCUCCCAUUUUAACUUUAUUAAAUAAAUAUAAUAAUACAAGUAUGAAUUCAUCACUUUCAAGUGAAUCAAGAAAAAGUUCUUUCCCUGUUAGUCCAAAUACUAUGGCUUUCCAUUCAACAAAUUCUUCUCCUUAUACAAAUCCAUUAAAAUCUUCAUUCUCAUCAAUCCCAAUAUCAAAAGCUUCUUCAACUUCUCCUCCGGUAAGUUUACAAAGAAGUAUAAUUCCAUCUAAUUCAUCUCAAAAUAAAUUUGCUUUACCUGAUCCUGCUAUAAAUCCUGCUUCGAAGUUAUCAGAAUUACCAAAAAAGAAAUAUUUCAAAUCAAAAAUUCCAAAUAUAGUUAUAUUCAAUGGUGAUGAAUCAAAAACUGAUCUUGAUGAUAAUGAUGAACAAGAUGCUUCAAAGACAUUAUUAGCCUUAAGAAAAUCAAGCAUCGAUAGCUUAUUAAAUUAG